CGACAGACAAGUCAGCCAUCCUCACAAGGAAGCGAAGAAGCACCGUGCAAAUAUAAUAGUUUGGCGAAAGACGUUAUGUUUUUUUUGUCGUGGUACUUGCUUUCCAUAGGUUGUGAAGAUGGAUCGUUUCAGUGGUAGAGAAACAUCGGCGAGGCAGCAGACACCUGCAAACAAGAUUUGAGUCGCGAGCGGUGUUAUAAUGUUCAGCGCAGUCAACACUAUGACUGAUGGGGACUAUGAUUACCUGAUCAAGCUCCUGGCUCUGGGGGACUCUGGAGUAGGGAAGACUACCUUUCUAUACAGAUACACGGACAACAAGUUCAACCCCAAGUUCAUCACCACAGUGGGAAUAGACUUCAGGGAAAAGAGAGUGGUGUACACAGCGUCGGGCCCCAAUGGAACCACAGGGAAGACCUUUAAAGUUCACCUCCAGCUCUGGGAUACGGCUGGACAGGAGAGGUUCAGGAGUCUGACCACAGCAUUCUUCAGAGAUGCCAUGGGCUUCCUGCUCAUGUUUGACCUCACCAGCCAGCAGAGCUUUCUCAACGUCCGCAACUGGAUGAGCCAGCUGCAGGCCAAUGCGUACUGUGAGAACCCAGACAUGGUGUUGGUGGGCAACAAGGCAGACCUGGCGGACCAGAGAGAGGUGCAGGAGGAGCAGGCUAAGGAACUAGCCGACAAGUACGGGAUCCCGUACUUUGAGACGUCGGCAGCGACGGGGUCUGAGGUGGACAAGGCAGUCAUCACUCUGCUAGACCUGGUCAUGAAGAGGAUGGAGCAGUGUGUCGACAAGCCCACCGCCGAGCCCGCCAACGGGGAAGGAGCCACCAAGCUGGAGGACGCUGCGCCUGACCAGAAAAAGUGUGCAUGUUAGACUUGGCCCCUCCCACGUCCCCUUCUCCCUACUCUGAUUGGUGCUCUAGCACCCCCUCUGGUGGCCAGACACAGAAGUGCAGCAGCAUUAUGACAGCGUGACGUGUGAGGGGGCAGCUCAGUCAGCCACACUGCAAUGGCGCUGUAGUGCUGGCCUUGCACGGCCUGUGUGUACUGUGCUGGGCCUGACUACAUGUCUCUCCUGUCCUGUCCUGUCCUGUGUUGCGUCUCAAAUGUCACUCUGUUCCCUAUUACAGAACUCCCUGAGUGGCGCAGCGUUCUGAGGCACUGCAUCUCAGCACUAGAGGCGUCAUUACAGACGCCCUGGUUCGAUUCCCGGACUGUAUCACAACCCGCCGUGAUCGGGAGGUCCCAUAGGGCGGCACACAAUUGGCCCAGCGUCGUCCGGGUUAACCCAGCGUCGUCCGGGUUAAGAUAAAUAAAGGUUAGAUAAAUAUAGUGCAUUACUAGUCAUACAGUAUGAAUCGGGUGCCAUUUGAGACAAGAGUCUGGCCUACCAAGAGAGUCUGGCCUACCAAGAGAGUCUGGCCUACCAGAGGCCUAUGCUUUAUAGGACUUUAUAUCCCAAUGUUGUUUACAUGUGUUUGUCCAAUCUAAUCUACUGCCUUGGCUGUUAAGGCCCUAUCCAUAUUACAGUACCAAUAUUACAGAAUAUUAAUAAAAACAUGUGACCAGUUAUU